AUGGUUCAAAGGAACAUAGAGCUGGCAAGAUACAUCACUACUUUGCUAAUUGGAGUGUGCCCGAAACUGCUAGAUGACAGCGAGCUGAGAGGAGGUGUAGUGGAUAAACUGUCCAAUGACGUACAUGUAAUAGAGUUCAGUAACAACGACAAUGAAGGAGGCAAGAUCGACAACCAAAUCUUGCGCGUGACUAUUGCUAAGUCAAAUAACGGGUCAGACAUCGACGAUAUAUGGAUCAACGACUCUAUACCGACGAAAGUGUAUGAAGAUAAUGAAUGGUGUAGUGGCUUGAGUUUCUCAUCAGUGAUAGUAGUGAAACAAUCGAAAUUAUGGCUCGAUGACGUGCCAAUCAACACACAGUUGACAGCCGUUACGUCACCAACAUUAUUCGACAUAAAAGAAUUCACAAACUUCAUCGAAUUACAGAUAAAAAAAUUGUUUCAAGAGAUCACAAGGAUGGACACCAUAGAGUAUUCAUUGGACUCUAUAAAGGAUACAGAACAAAAGUUGGCGGAGACAUCUGCAUCUUUAUACCGCCUCAAUGACACCAUAAAGUCACCUGACUUGCUCCAAUUGGCGCACCAUAUUGUAAGAAAAGCUAUCCAAGAAGGUGCGACAGUCGAUAACUACAAGCAAUACAUUCCAAAAAAUAUACUGAACGAUAAAAAAUUUGUUAAUGCGCUCAACCAUAUAUCAAUCCAGUGGAUAAAAUCUAUGAAGAGUUUGAUAUCACUAUUGGAUUUCCCAUCCAAAACUGACUUAUCCAAUGAAAUUAACAUGUGGCAGAGAUUGAGAUAUAUACUUGUCGAUAUAAUCGGUCAAACAGAGAAAUCGGAGUUUCAGAUCACUUUGAAGUUAUUGAGAGAUACAAAUAUAUCUAACACCGGGUUAGAUGCUUUGGUUGAUACAGAACUGCAGAAGACGCUCAAUACUGUAGAAGGCUAUAUCCAGUUUCUCACUUCCUUUCCUUCUUAUAUAAGUGGGCAGAAUUUCGAUGAGUUACAAGUAACAUUAUUUAAUUUUUUUGGAAACGCCCAAAAAUUUUCUCAAUAUGGAUAUCCAGUCAAUAGAACAAUUGAGUUGAUCGUGCUAUUCAACAAUAAUUUAAUGCAAACAAUAAACUCGAGGUACCAAAACAGCAUUGCCUUAUCACUCAACGAAUUCAACGCUGAUUACACACAUAUUACUAUGUUUCUUAACAGUUUGAAGGCACAGUUAGAGGAUUUCAAACUAGUGCUUAGAGAGUAUUUAAGGAAAAACAACAAUCUCAAUUACAAAGAAAUUAUUGAACAGUUGCCGGAAAAUACUACAACUAUUGAUCAACUUAAGGAAGUUAAAAAUUUGAAAGAGUAUCAGGAUAUUCUGAUACGUUGUAUACAUGCAUUAAAAUAUGAUGGUUAUAUUUCUGAUAUCAACGAAAUAGAUCAUUGCUUUUCAUCAAAUUACAAUAACCAGAUAACAUCCAAUUCAUUGCGAAAUCUACAGGUUACUUUUCAUAAGAUUAGUUUCGAUGUCGAGAAUAGAAUAAUUCUUCUUUUUCAAGAUAGAGAUUUAAAAUCUGACUCUCGCCACAUUCUUGAUGCAAAACAUCUGUUUCUUUGUUUAAAAGAUUUGUCAAGGUUCAGCCACAUAAUAAGAAAAAAAAUGCAAUCGUAUAGAGAUGAGUACUUAAACAAAUUGGAGAAGUCAAUAUUAUUAAUUAUUGACAACUAUUAUGUUCAAUUAGUACAUUUGACUAAUUAUUAUCCUACCGGAAAUCUAUCCUCUUUCAGGCAGAUUUACAGUAUUUUUUCUGUCAAAAAACAAAUCCAAUUAAAAUUAAGAGAGUGUGAUAUACUAUUUGAUAAAAGCUGGAUGAGCACCCCAAAAGGACAUACGAUAAUGAGUAAAAUAGAAAGCAUUGAUAUUGAUAAAAAAAUACAGCAAUAUCUUUCGGACUGGGUGACAGCAAUUAAACAGAAACACAAUAAUCUUCUUGACCAGACAUUAUUUACCAUAAUAAAUAAUGGCUACAAUAAAAACGAGUUGAGUAUUAUAUUACCGCAGUUUCUUCUUGAAUGUUAUCGAGAUUUGAGAAAUAUCACAUAUUUGGGUAUUCAGACUGAUAUGGAAUUUUCACAUUUUUUGAGAGGGAGUAAUAAAUGGAUCAGCAAUGUAGAGAUUUUAAAAGAGGAUAUAAAACUUUUUUUUGUCAUGAUCCAAGAUUUGGAUAAAACAAUUUUCACAAAGAUUAUUAUAUGUGCAGAAAUCUAUGAUAUUUGGACUAUAGUUAAAAAGCAGCUUCAUAUCACAUGGCAACGAAUUCAAACCCACAAUAACUUCAUAGAAGUAUUUGAUACCAGGUUACAGCCUUUAUUAAUAAAAUAUGACUUAUCUCUUGGUCAAGAAACUAUUAUCGGUAAGUCGUUGAAGAACUUGAAAACUGGAAAGUUGAGUAUCGAUUUUAUUAACAAAGAGUUAAACCUGAUUGAACGAUCCCUGAACUUCCUAAAAGCUAAUAAAAUUGAAAGAACAAAUCUCACAACACAUUUAGUUUUACAAAAUCUAGAGAAUUCAUUUAUGGACAUGAUUUUCCAUCACAUGAAUGACUUUAAUUUCUCUCAAAUAACAAUUAGGUUAUCAAAAUACAAUGAUAGUAUAGUUUUUAAACCCUCAUUACAAGAAAUAAACUCUAUGCGGAUAAUGGAAGUUCAAUCAGUUUUGAAGUCUUUCACCAAUAUACAGGAGAAUCUAUCCGAGAGUAUUUCAAACCACAGUUUCAGUCAAGUAAUUCUUCAAAAUAUUACGUGCAGAUACUAUAUAAAGGAAAGUUCCAACUUAAUCAAAGAGGAGAUGGAAGCUAUAAAAGUAAGGUUAAAGGAGACUACUAUGAAAAUCAUGAUCUUGGAAAUAGACGUCCAACAAUACCAACAAGUGCUUCAUGAAAAUAUAGAUGCUUUUCUUGAGCUAUGUGAAGAUGUAGUGAAUUUGAAAUUAUUUACAGAGUCGAACAGUCAUAUCACCAUCACAAAAAGCAUAAAACUGGAUUAUUCUAGUUUGAUUUCAGACUUGAAAGCUAAACUUAAGGAAUGCUUUAGAAUUUUAGGUAACUCACUUCAAAAUCACUUGAUGACCCUCCAAACAUGGCUUGAUGAAAAAUAUAAAGAAUUCAACGGAGGGUUAGAAUUCAAUGAAAAUGCUGAAUAUGAACCUCCUCAUCUUUUAAAGUUUUUUCAGUUGUACUUUUGUUUCAUAGAUUCUCGAACCGCCAUCAACACAAAUAUUGCAAAGUUCAAAGAGCUUAUACAGUUGAAGAAGAUAGUUGAAGAAACAAACCACGAGAAAGGGCAGCAAAUUCAAAAAUAUAUCAACGUAUAUGAUCGCCUAGAGAAUAGUUUUUAUAAAACGAUAUGCUAUAUUCAAGAGAAUUGCCAAAAUGAAAUCAAAAGUCUUAAACAAUAUUGUACUACAUGCUAUAACUCUAAAUUGAAAGAAAUCGAGACUCUAUGGAUACAGAAGUCUACCUUUCUAAAGUCAAAAAACUUAGAGUUUAUUUUGCCUUUAAUACGCCAAUUUCAAGUGUUGAGAUCUGAAACAGCCAAUUUCAAAAAGAUGUCAAUUCAAGUGACUAACCAUUUCAAGCUUUCAAACGAUGUUGAAUCAAUUAACUCCCAACCUCCUAUGGAGAAAGAAAUUGACAAAUGGAUUGUAUGCUUAGAGGAGCUUGUACAAGUUGAAGAUGCAUUAAAAUCAUUUGAGAUGACUCGUUUGAAAGACUUGUCAAAACAACUUAAUACAACAGCAAUAGACAAAGAAAAAACAAAAAUUGAAAUGUUAUCAACUACCUUACAUGAAACACAAGCGUAUAAGAGCAUAAAACAGAAAAUAUUAUUUUAUAUGAAUCAAACUGAUAUUCUUCUUGGGAUUUCCUCUGAGCAAAUUAAUGAAAGGCACAUGAAGGAGCUAUUCGAUGAAAUAGGUUGUCCACCGAAUCCCCACCUGAAUUUCUCUGAGCUUAAAAUCUGUGAUCUUCCAAUUGAGCAACUAUUGCUGAAUAGGUUUAAGGUUGAUGAAAUAAUUUCAAAAGCCAAGAGAGAGGCUGCUAUUAAAGAUUCUUUAGAUGAAAUAGAAAUGUACUGGUCCUACUUCACUCUUCUUAUGGAUGACUCAACUGCACACAUACCUAUAUUAAAAGAUAUCGAUGAAUUGAGAAAUAAGAUUUCGGAAGAUAUGGAUAUUCUUGAAACUAUGAUCAUAUCACCUUUUUCUGUCCCUUAUACUACAACUAUUGAAUCAUGGAAUACUAAUCUUUCUAAUCUGUCUAACUUAUUAAAUCAAAUUGAAGUCUCGCAAUCGCAAUGGUUGGAAUUUAACCUCUUAUUCACAAAUUCAAAUAUAUGCAGUUCACUUCCUCUUGAAAAAGCGCAGUUUGACCAGAUAUCUGAAUCAUUGCUAUCCCUGAUACUAUACGUUAAACAUGCCGCUAAUAUUUUUGAUUUGAUUAGAAGUGGUAAUGUAAGCAAAUCAUAUACUGAAAUUACCUCAAAAUUGAACAAAAUAAAAAAAAAAUUCUCAGAGUUUGUUGAAAGUCAACGACAGCAAUACCCUAGAUUUUUUUUUGUAAAUGAUCAAGAACUUGUAACUAUAUUAGGAGCUAUUAACGAUAUUGAUGUAUUAUCGGGGCAUCUGAGAAAAUUAUACUUCUCGAUAAGCUCAUUUGACAUUCAGAACGGUAAAAUACACUCCGUCGUUUCUGCUGAAGGAGAAAUCUUGAAACUGUCUAAUGAAAUCGAACUUUCAAUCUAUAAGACGGUACCCGAAUUAUUAAGAUCGUUAGAUUUAGAGAUUGAAACGACUUUAAAGACAUCAAUUCGAGAUUGCCUCAUGAAUUCCAGAUCUUUGGAUGAGAUCUUUGAAAGCAAUGUCUAUCAAGUUUUGACUUUAUGGUUACAAGUUAGUUUAUCUGAGAAACUUCAUUCUUAUAAACAUUCAAAAUCUAAAGAUGAAUUACUAGAAAUGGAAACAUUUCUUUCGAGAACAUGCUCUUGGCUUAACUACAAAAACGUAUUAUCUUCUGAUUCAGGGUACAAAAAACUCAAGAUUGAAGGCAUGCUUUUGGAGGUUUUGAAAUACCAAUCUCUUUUCGAUCAACUUUCUAAAUGUACAUCCAACAUUGAUGUUGAUAUCAUGCUCGAUGAUUGGUGGAUGUUUAGGCUUAUCGAGGGGAAUGAAAUUGCAAUAGAAUGCAGUAGACAGGAUAGCAUCUAUCCUUAUGCAUUUAAUUAUCUAGGUGUUCCUGAGCAUCUAGUAUUUACUAAAGGAUUAGCAAACGUAUACAACUUUCUUGAUGAGUCAUUUCAUCAAAAUUAUGGUGUGAGCAUCAUUGGACCCGCUGGAACUGGUAAGACUGAAUCUAUUAAGUCAUUUGGAUAUAUGUUUGGUAUAUUUGUGACAGUAUUUAAUUUUGAUGACCUUAUCGACUUCUCGAGUUUGCAACGUAUUAUUGCAGGUAUAUUGAAACUUGGUCUCUGGGCAAGUUUUGACGAGUUUAAUAGAUUGGAAUACACUGUAAUGAGCGCUAUUUCAGAAAUGAUUAGCAGCAUUCAACAUUCACUGUCAAACAAGAAUACCACUAUUGAUUUUUUGGGCAUGAAAUUGCCAAUACAUUCACAUACCAAAUUAUUCUUAACCAUGAAUCCGAAAUACAGAGGUAGAAGAAAUUUGCCUGAAAAUCUGAGACGAUUGUUUAGAGUCUACUAUUUUGGAAAAUCUGACAGUCACCAUAUAGUGGAAAUAUAUCUGUCUAUGUAUGGCAAUAAGGACAAAUAUUUGGCACCCAAACUUAUAAACUUCCUCAAUGAUUUGAAAAUGAGUUGUUCUCAACAGGAUCACUACGACUUUGGGUUGAGGCUCAUAAAAGCUAUAUUUCGCCAAAUAUCAGCAGUGCCAAGAGCAACAUUAGACCAAAAUACGAUCGUAUCACUUAUGAAAGUGAUGAUAUUACCUAGACUAACCAGAGAAGACUCUAAAACAUUCAACAAAAAACUGGAUGAGAUAUUCAAUUACUCAAAUGACCGGGAAGAUACUUCCUUAAGCAGUAAUUUUAUGAAGAUCUUCAAAUCAAUGGAUUUACUAAUCCAGGGAGAACAGUUGCAAAAGUGUUUACAGCUGCGAGAAUUAUAUGGUAGCAAUACUGGAAUAAUAUUACUAGGGGAAUCAGGCUGUGGAAAAACAACAAUAUUAAAUGCAUUACACAAGAGCUUUGAACAGGAUUUACACCAUAAAAUCGAGGUCUAUUAUUUGGAUCCGAAAGCAAUACCAAAAGACCAUUUUUUUGGCUACUACGAUAAGAGCACAACUGAAUGGCAAGAUGGAAUAUUCUCUAGUAUAAUUAGAGCGUCAAACUCCAGUACAGAAUGCGUACCACUCUGGAUUGUUGUAGACUCAGAUUUAGAUUCCAGCACUAUGGAAGCUAUGAAUAGUAUGCUGGAUGAUAAUAAACUGUUAACAUUGGGAAGUGGAGAACGGCUAAAAGUAGGUAAGAAUAUUAAAUUAAUCUGCGAGACUGACUCUGUUUCCAAACUUACUCCUGCGACGGUAUCCAGAUGUUCAGUUGUACAUUUACCAUAUCUUCCUGCAAAUAUCGAUGAAUACAUCAACCAUAAAAUUCACCUUUUAACUCGUUACUUAAAUUCGAACGGGUAUCAGUCAAUACAGCAGGAUAUUCUAUUUGAAGUUUCCAGACUAUGUGAAAGCGAUAUUUAUAAAAUCGUAGCUCUUUCAAAAGAUACCACUGAAGCGGAGAUAAACAUGAAUACUCAGCAGCUCAUAGAUAACUUCUUUUACAUCCUCAUUGAUUUUAUUGGGAUCUACUACUCUAUGUCAGUAAAAUGUGCAGAUCACGCUAACAUGACGUUGGUUUUAAGGUUCCAAUUGAGGAAGUAUCUUAUUUUUGCAUUUUCGGGCCAUCUGCAACAGUCGGUUCAACUCAUGUUUUUACAUGAAUAUCAGAGAUCAUGCCAAGAGAAAUUCUGGGGAGAGAACGAAACAUUAGCAGACAAAGCAGUCGAUACAAUCUUGUAUACAAUUACUGAUACGUAUCAAUUGGAACUCAAAUCAACGGCUAUUAAAAAUUUAUCUACUGACAUGGAUCAUUUAAUUCAAACCAGUGAAAUCAGUUUGUACAAAGAGAUGAUCAAUUCCUAUUUAUUUUGUAACAGAUCUUUACUGCUAAUUGGUCCUCCCGGAUCAGGAAAAACAAUGCUAAUCAGAAACAUCAUAGAAAACAAUGAAAAUUACAGCUCAUACUUUAUGAGCUUAUCUGCUGAUAGCCAGAUUAGUGAUAUAAUACGUAUCAUAAAAUCUAAAACAAAAGCCAUAUCAAAAGCUUCUGAAGUUGUUCUAGUUCCCAAACAAUCGAAAAAAUUUGUUCUGUUUUUAGAUGAGAUUAACCUUCCAAGACUUGAUGAAUAUGGAUCUCACAAAGUGUCAUUAUUCAUUCGCCAAUUGAUAGAUAAACAAGGGUUUUGGGAUUUUCAAACUCACCAGUGGCUUCAGAUAAUGAAUAUAUUGAUUAUUGGUGCAUGCAAUCCAUUGAGCUAUUUGGGGAGAGUUCCAUUAUCGAACAAGUUUUAUAAACAAGUUUCAGUUUUGUUCGUUGAUUAUCCUAGCGCCAACUCAUUAGUAUAUAUAUACUCUGAGAAGUUCAGAAGGAUAUUUUCUUUGAUUCCACAUUUAGAAAAGCUUAACGUUGACAUUCUUAAAGCAACAAUAGAAAUUUUUUAUAAAUUUAAAGAAGCAUUCGAUGAAAGACGUGAAACCAUUUACAUUUGCACACCCCGUGAACUAACAAAGUUAUGCAAAGGGUUAUUGACCACUGUUUUAAACAUCAAUGAAAGUAUUAACGAGGAUGUUCUGUUUAGGGUAUGGUUAUUUGAGAUAUGGCAUAUAUUCGGAGAACGUCUAAUGAAUGCCGAUGAUCAAAAUAUACUGCGCGAUAUAAUUUACAAAGUUUCCACUCAAUUCGAAAUUAAGUAUACUGAACCAAAUGAACUCCUCUUUACAUCUUUAAUUUCUGGGGAAUAUCAAGAUGUAACGAAGACUAAUUUGAUGAAAUUCUUGAAGAACAGAAUACCGACAUAUAUUGAAGAAUACAAAAUUCCAGAUUUUGUAAUAAUGGAUAUGAUGGCAGGCCCUAUCAUUAGUAUUGAAAGGAUUUUAAGUAAGCCUAAUAGUCAUGCUAUUCUUUCAGGAGCACCUAGACUGGGUAAAAAAACACUGACAAAAUUGACUUCUUGGCUUAUGGGUCUAACUACCUUGGAAAUUUUAAUAGGAGACAAGGAUUCCUUCGAUCAGUUUUUUGCCACUCUCAAAAAUUGUAUUAGAGACUGUAUUUCAAAUGAUAUAUCAUACUGCCUUUAUGUUGGUUGUUCUGCUGACGUGGAGACUGCCUAUUUGGAAAAAAUCAACGCAUUAAUUGCUAAUGCUGAUUUACCCGAGAUCUAUGAGGAAUCUGAAUUAAAUAUUUUCCUAGGCGAAGUAAAGGAAAAUGCCAAACAUAAUAACAUUAUAUUAGAAAAUGAACUUGAAGUACAACUCUUUAUUAAGGAAAAGAUUAGUAAAGGACUCCAUAUUGUUUUCUCUGUCUCUGAUGAUAAUUUUGAUAACAAUUCAAAUGGCCUGUUGUGCUCACCGACUUUAGUUAACAGAUGUACUGUUGUAUGGUUCCCUUCUUGGAGUUCAGAAGUCUAUUAUGAAAUUGCUACUAAGAAUCUUAAUCGACUACCAUUAUCUUUUCCGGUAAGUGAGAGUUUAGGAAAAUCAAGCAAUGAUACACUGAAGCAAUUGGCCCAGUGCAUUGUUGAAAUUGACACUUACUUAAGAGUCAACUAUCUGGAACUAAAAUCAACACCGUCAUACUUUUUAGACUUGCUCAGAGUGUUUGAAAAUAAAUACUUGGCAAUGUUACAUCAAAAUGAUUCUUCAAAGUCGUAUUGUUCUAGAGGUUUAGAAAAAAUUAAUGAUGCAGUUCUUGAAUUAAAAACCCUCACGUCAGAAUUGGAAAACUCAAGGCAGCAAUUAAGUAUCAAAGAGGAUUCUGCAAGAAAAACCCUGGAUGAGCUUUUAGUAGAUCAAAAUGAAGUUGAAAGGAAACACGAAGCCACAAUCGAGAUCAAAAAAAUACUCGAAAAGCAAGAAGCUGAGGUAGCGGACCGUAAGCUCAAACUUAUGAACCAAAUAAAUAAAAUCGAACCAGUUGUCAGUGCUGCAAGGGAAGGUGUGAAAAAUAUCAAGAAAGAAUAUUUAACUGAAAUCAGAUCUAUGGCCAAACCUCCGAACGCCGUUGUGCUCAUUAUGUCUGCUGUGUGUUCUUUAUUAGGAAUUUCAUUUAAUAAUUGGAAAGAUAUUCAACAAUAUAUGAGAAAAGAGAGCUUCGUUAAGGACAUUAUUACUUUUGAACCGAAGGGUGAUAACUUUAAAGAUCGGAGGUCUAUUGUCCAAACAAGCUACUUUGCAGAUAAAAAUUUUAAUUUUGCCGCUAUUAAUCGAGCCAGCAGGGCUUGCGGACCGUUAUAUCAUUGGAUUGUUGCUCAGAUAGAAUAUAGCGAAGUACUAGAUGAGUGUGUUCCUCUUGAGAAUGAGAUCGGUGACAUUAACUUAAAAUCUAACCACUAUAAGGCUAAUAUUCUUGCUGCUGAAAGUAUGAUAAUUGAUCUUCAUACCAAAAUGAAACUCGCAAAAGAAAACUACGCAAAUCUCAUUGGAGAGGUUGAGAAUAUUAAGCGCCAAAUAAAAGCAAAUACAAAUAGUCUUAACCGAGCAAUCAAGUUAGUUAAAACUUUAUCAGCCGAACGUAAGAGAUGGACUGUCAACGAAAGGGACUACUCUAGCAACAAGUCGUGUCUUAUUGGUGAUUCCUUGUAUCUCACUUGUGCUAGCAUAUAUUUUGGCCAGCUUAGUGAACUUAACAAGGAAAAAGUACAGAAUUUAAUAUUUCAGUCUUUUAAAAAAUACAACAUCAGUCAUUCUACCUUAGCAUUGAUAGAAGAAGUAAGUGUGGAGGAUAAAGCUCAAUAUCUAUCAUGUGGUCUUGCAGAAGAUCCAUAUGUAAUAGGCAUGUUUGACUUAUUGAUAAAAUCUCCUCAAUUUACAUCAAUCAUAAUUGACCCACAAAAUGAAAUAGUUGAGAUUUUGAAGUCAUAUCACAACCAAAAUAUUAGUAUAAUGAGCGUUAAUGAUCCCAGCUUCACAAAGAGAUACCUGAAAGCAAUCGAUUUUGGUGGACCCGUACUCAUAACAGAAUGCGAAUAUCUUGGUACAACAACCCUUUCUACUUUAUUUGACGCUCGUGCGUCUCGAAGAAAGAAUCACAUUUAUCUCCAUACCACAUCUUCAACUCAUAAAUUUCCAGCUUAUUUGUUGGCUCGAGUAGACAUUAUUGAUUUUUCAAUUAAAAUUGGCAGCAUUGCUCUUCGGUCCCUAAAGGCAACUUUGGAUAUAAUAAAACCCGAAUACCAAAAAGAAACGGAGGCACUUAGAAUAAACAAAGAACAGCUAAAAAUUACAUUAAUGCAUCUAGAAGAUAGACUUUUAAAGGAGCUAAGCGACUCAUCUGGCCCCAUGCUAGAGAAUGACGAGCUUUUGAGGACACUUGAACAAUUAAAGAAUGACAGUGAGGAAAUAAAUGAGAAAAUAAUUGAAACGGAAAACAAUACAGCUAUCCUACAACAAAUAAUAGAGAAUAUAAAAAUAAUAGGGAAUCAUGCUGUACAAGUUUAUAGAAUACUAGAGGCCAUAACAAUUCUCGACAAGCACUACAAAAUAUCUAUAAGCCGUUACCUUCAGUAUUUUGCACUAGCUUUGAAAGAAAAUGAUCUUUCCACAUUUAAUGUGAUAGAAAAAGACACCUCACGGUUAAAUGAGCUUAAAAAACACUUGAUUAAGAUGUUUUACUGCAAUAUCUAUGGAAUUAUUUCUCCCUCUUUGAAAUCGGAACAUCGAGUCGUGCUUGCUAUAGCUCUGUAUAUUUGCUAUAACAAAACUAACAAAGAACCAAAUAAUAACGAUUGGCUGAUAAAGGCAAUUACCCAUCUUUCAGCUCAAAGUGCUAUUGUUACUGACAAAGCAGAUAAUGUGGAUAAUAUAAUUACUGAGAAUAUCGACAGCUUGAUGCAAUUAAAGGGUAUGCUUGAUACUUUUUUCAAAAGCAAAUUUUCUCUAGAAAACAUGAUCAACAACAAAAAUUUCCCAAAUGUUGUAGUAAUCAAUUCACAUUAUCAAGAUGGUUCAUCUUAUAUCACUCGAUGCUAUAGUAGACUAAUUGACAAUGCUAUUUCUUUGGGCACUAAAGAGAGUUUGGCAUGGGCUGAAGGAAAAAUCCAGGAAGGUAUAUCAAAAGGCGGUUGUGUAUUACUUCAAAAUAUAGAAUUGGGUGAGAAGUGGAUAAAUUCUUAUGUUAGUAGUAUCACAAAAAGACCUUCGGAAAAAUUGAAAUUGUUUAUGAUCUAUAACCCAACCAUAAAAUCUACAAUUAUACCAACCAUCUCAAACUGUGAUAAGAUUAGAUUUGAGGGUAAUGAUAAUAUUUGCAUGAUGGUUAAUGAAUUAUUCACCAUGGUAAAGGAGUAUGCUAGCUCACAAAGAUAUGUUUAUUUAUCUUAUGUUCUAGCAUGGUUACAUGCAAUCAUUGUUUUUAAGAUGAGAUUUGCACCUAAUGGCGGGUUUAGGCAACUUGUGGCCUUUAGUGAUAAUGAUUUCAUUUUUCUUUUCAAUAUUGGACAACGAAUAUUGAACCGAAGCAAUAAUGACCAACUAUUCUGGCAAUUUAUUAAACAUGCAGCACAUAAUCAUGUUUAUUCAAUUCAAUUAGAAGAUGAAAAAGACAAAAUAUCUAUGAAACGUCUAAUUGAUGAAAUUCUCCCUGAGGAGUUUUACCCGAAGUACAUGAUUGUCAAUGAAAUAUCGAUAUCUUUGCAGGAUUCUGCUUCAUGUAUAGAAGAGCAACUAGCAUCAAUUAAGCUUCCUCAAGAAUGGGAGACAGUCUGGCUUGGAUUUAACAAGGAUUCUUUACGUACUCACAAAAAUGAUAUCGAAUCAAAGGUUUUGGAUGAUACUAAACAACUGUUAAAUAGUAUUGAAUAUGUCUAA